AUGAACUUGAAAAUGCCUUCUAUUCAUAAACUUCAUACUGAUGCUAAUUCAAAUAUACCUCAACCUCAUAAUGAUUAUUCAAAAAGAUAGGAUAUUUCACCAUCACAAAAAACUCCCUCAUAUUUAUUUUCUAAUCACUCUUUUUAACCAACUCUUAAAAUACUAGCUACUCAAAAAGCUUCAAUUUUUGGUCAAAGAAAAGAAACAUUUUUAAAUUCAAGCGAUCGUGAUAUUUCUUAAUGUGAUAUUUAUGGAAGUCUAUAAAAAUAUAAAAUUGAAAAACAAGAUGAUAACCUAGCUCGAUUUCCUGCUAGAAAACAGUCAAUUAAAAUGCAUUAUUCACCUUACAAUAUGAAUUCCUAAUCUCCUACAUCCAUAAAUAAUAUAGAGAGCCAAAAAAAAAUCUUAGAGAAUGCAAUGGAUGAUGUAAAAUUAAAUAAUAUCAAAUUAAAAAAACUCGAAAAAUCUCCUCAAGCUAGAAGUCCUCCUGUUCAUAAUUUUUACUAUUUAAGAAAUAUGAAAUAAUUGUAUCCUUUUUAGAUUGAAAAGUCAGUAAAAGACUUAAUGAGGCCAUUUAAUUAUUAAAGAGAGAAUUUACUAUCUCCAAUUUAAACAGAGAGAAGCUUGAUUUAUCCUUAAAGACCAUAAAUUUAAAGGCCAAAAGAGUUUUUAGAAAAAUUGAAGAAUAGAUUAUUGAAAAGAAAAAAAACAAUGUAUUUACCAUAAAAUUAGAUUCAAGAAGAUCCAAUAUAGAGAAAACUUAAAAAUUUUUAAAAAAGCGUAUUUGAAAAUUAAUGUAUUCAUACUAUAUAUAUUCGUCCUUCAGCAAUAAGAAUAUAAAAAUAUAAAAUUCAGGAUCCUAAAAAUGAAAUAAUUUUAAAAAAAUGCUUAAGUUAUAGAUGGUGGUGGUAAGAAGCAGAAGAGACUGAAGAAGAUGUAUAAUUUUUAUGGACUUGUUAAGCUUCAAGUUCAUUUUUGAAUAAAUAAAGAUCUAGACACAUAAGUGAUAAAAUUGAAUUUCAACCUUUUGAAUAGAUAUUGAAACUAUGUGAUAGUGUAGAAGAUUAAAUGAAAUUUGCUAUAGAAUAAAAACUUUGUCUUUUAUCUCCUUAUAUAAAAAUACAUAAUCAUAUUGAUAUAAUAAAUCCAUUAUGGACAAAAAAAAAUCUAAUAAAUAGAUUUUAAAAAUACUGCAUUUUAACAAAUUAAAAUUUUUGUGAUUAUUGUCCUUUUUCAAUAAUUGUAAAUAAUCUUGGAGAAGAUUAAUUGUAUGAGUUUAUUAGGAAUUACAAAACUUCUACUGAAAUUUGGAUAGUUUUGAAAUGUGAGAAUUAAGGAUAGAAAUUUUAGCUUUGUGAAAAUACAAAGAGUGUUUUUAACUUUAUUCAUAAAGAGUAUUCAACCCCAAGUAGAAAUUAAUAAAGUUUUAUUGUUUAAUAAUACAUCAGAUCGUUUGUAUAUCAAUAAAUAAAAUUAGAUUUAUGCUAUUAUUUACUAAUAGUUCAAAUAAAUGGAAUAGUGAGAGCGUAUUUAUUUGAAUAGUUUUAUGGAUAAAAAUCAAAAAUAAAUUUCUCUCCAUUUGAACAAGAAAUUUAAUCUAAAUUGAAUACACAAUAAAAUCAAGAUUAUGAUUCAGAAAAGAUUUAAAUGAAAACUAUUAUAGAAUAUUUUGAUGAUUGCAGAGUGGAUUAUGAUUAUAAAAUCUUUCCUGAAAUUAAAAUUAUUGUUUGUGAAUAUAUUAGAUCAGUGUUUAUUCAAAUGCCAGUCAAAGAUCAUAAUUUUGAAGUAUUCAUUAAAUAAGACUUAGUUACUUUAAGUUAAAAUAGUGAUUGAUAAUAAAUAUAAACCAUGGUUAAUAGAUGUCAAACCUACAACAGAAUUUAAUUAAAGUUCAGAUUAUAUGAAAGAAUUUGCUUAGUAAUUACUUGAUAAUACAAUACAACUUUCAGUUGAUGUUUUAUUUCCUUCCCCAUCAAUUUGGCCUAAAGAGAAAAGAAGACAUAUAGAUAUAUAUCCUGAUUAAAACGAUUUUGUAGUUGUUUUUGAUUCUAGAAUGGAUGGCCAAGGUUUAAAAUCAUUAUUUGAAGAAAAAUAACCUGAAAAUAAUAAUGACGAAGAAUUUUGA